AAGAAAUUGAAAUAUAAGAAAUAAGAUUUUUUUUAAGCUAUUUCUCCCAUUCCUUAAACAUCUAAUCUUAAACAUUCCUCUCCGCCAGCAUAGCUUCAUUAGUCCCGUAAUGAACAUUUUAUUUUUUUACUUCAAAUUAUCCAUUACGUCUGACAUAAACAACCCGCAGGGGCCCCCUCUGAUUGGCCGGCCGCGGGGUCACGUUUGUCCCGCGCGGCCGUCCGUCUAUUUGACAGCCGCAGGAUGGCUGGAUGCCAGAGGGGGGAGAAAGAGACAGAGAGAGGGGAGAGAGAAGAAAAAUUAGUAUUCUCCUACCAGCCUCGCUAUAAAUCAAUCAUGGAGUCCUACGUGGUGAGCUGUAAAUACGCUGAGCCGCAGUUCCCGCCUUGUGAAGAAGAUUACAGUAAUUUUAGUGAGCAAGGGGGGUAUUACAACAAACCCUCAGGACAGGGAGGUUAUGGAGGAACAUAUCAGCCAACCAUACACACCACACAACCCGGUUAUCACUCUCUGCAGGGGCGCCGCCGGGAGGAUGGAGAGGACCAGGCGCUGCACCAAGGUGCGCCAUUACGCACCGGCUACAGGGAGGCAGAGGUGCCCGGGAAGGAGGCCCGGUUCUCGGUGGGGGAGCUGCAGUGCCAGGCCUGGAUGACCUGUACAAAGCCCGCUCAGGUGCAGAGGAAAACGGCCUGCCAGGGGAAGGACAAGCCGCCUAUUGUUGUCUACCCGUGGAUGAAGAAAGUGCACAUCGCUCAUUGUCCAUUUUGCCCGCGCAUUAAUCCCAACCACACGGGCCCGGAUCCAAAGCGCAUGCGCACGGCCUACACGCGCCAGCAGGUGUUGGAGCUCGAGAAGGAGUUCCACUUCAGUCGGUACCUCACGCGCCGCCGCCGUGUGGAGGUGGCCCACGUGCUCUGCCUGAGCGAGCGGCAGGUAAAGGUGUGGUUCCAGAACCGGCGUAUGCGCUGGAAGAAGGACAACAAGCUGCCCAACACCAAAGGACGGAGCAAGAACAAGAAGGCGGCGGAAAUAAAUAACAACAACACUAAUGACACUAAUAACAACAGUGAUAGUACCGCAAAGGCGUCGAAAACCGCCUGAAGACAGGAGAGAAAUGUGGGUACAUGUUUAUCCACCAUUAUGGUUCUUUUUAAAUCUCCUUCAUGCGGUUAUUAUUUGCUUCACACUUCUACAGUUGACCGAAUGUUGUUUGUAGUUCAAAGAAAUUGCAAUCGAGGACAUGUAAACAAUACGAGAAUAUGAAAAGACUUCAUUGGGAACACAUCUCAAGCAUACAGAACUGACAUUUGAGGAAGGAAAUGCGCGUAAAAGUGCAUUCAAAUCCAUAAAAACAAGCUAAUGUGUUUCUCAUGGACAUAUCCUCCGUUUGACUAAAUGUUCAGAUUCAAGAGGUUCUUUCUGUCAAUAUUUUUUAAAAUGUACAUGUUCUGUUACCAAAUGCUAUUUAUGUUUGGCGCAUUAACUCUCCAAAACUGCAAAUGCUAAACUGAUCCAGGGUGCUUUAUAUUCCAACUUUUAAAUGUUCAUAAAUAUGAUGUUAUGAAAAGAAUGCAUCUAAUUUUAGUCUGAUAUUUAAUUAAUUGAGUCGUUAGGUUAGCUAACCUCCAGUGGUCUCACAUCUCUCAUGGUGACAUUUAGGACAUUUUUAGACUUCCGGUUUGUAGGGGUGAACGGUGCCAUGGUUGGAGAGUCUUUUGGAGAAAACAGGGUUUUAUUUCCACAGGGUAAACAUAUUACAGGGUUUUAUAAUAGCUACCUAAAAGAGAAAAUAGCCUAACUUAUGAAAAUGCACAUUACCAAAAUGUUGUUUGGCGCUUAAAGGAGAAACACAUUGACAUAGUGGCUGACUUGCAGUAAAGUUGGUCAAAUAAUGUUUUACUUUGUACAGAAACAUCCAAAAACAAUGCAAUGUUUGUAGGAUAAGAAGCCAUAUCGUGCAGAUUAUCUCCAAAGGUGAAUUCACUUUUUAACUUGUUUUUAUUUUGCGGGGGAAACUCAUACAUCUUUACGCACAAGAAAUAAAGAAAUUGGAGGUAGAGGUUUUGAAAUGCACGACGCUGACUGUAAAUCCAAAGUGUUUCCUCAGGGUUACAGGGUUUUAAUAAACACAACUUUCUGAAGCUUUUGUUGUUUGUUUUUUAGCACCGAGAGGUUUCCAAAUGACCCUCGUUUAAAUAACGAAAUGGUGCAUUUUUUUUUAAAUGAUAUGUCCUCGCUUUGAUUCCAGUUUAAUAUGCUAUCGUUUUGUAUUAGCCUACGCCAGUACUUAUUUUUAUUUGUAUUACUUAGAAACAUAUUGUAUUCUUAGCAGCAAGCCUCUCUGUUAUAUUUUGUAUGUUGGUAAUCUUUGGGAAGAAAAUAAGAAAAACUCUUCGUGUAAGAAUUUUAUAUGUGCAAAUGUUUUGAUAAGAU